UCGGCCGCCCCGGCGCGCUGUUAUGGAGAUGGGCCGGGCGCGCCGGCGGCGAUGAUGGGCGGCCAUGGCCCGGCCCGGCGGCUCCAGCGGCGCGGCGGCCGCGGCGGAGCGAGCGGGGGGCGCGGGGCGGCCGGAGCCGUGGGAGCUGUCCCUGGAGGAGGUGCUGAAGGCCUACGAGCAGCCCAUCAACGAGGAGCAGGCGUGGGCCGUGUGCUUCCAGGGCUGCCGCGGGCUGCGGGGCGCGCCGGGCGGCCGACGGCGCAUCCGGGACACGGCGGACAUCCUCCUGCGCAGGGACGGCUCGGUGGGCGCGCGGCGGGAGCCCGGCGCCGCGGAGCCCACAACGAUGGUCGUUUCACCCGCCAGCUCGGAAGCCCAGAUGGUGCAGUCGCUGGGCUUCGCCAUCUACCGCGCGCUGGACUGGGGGCUGGACGAGAGCGAGGAGCGCGAGCUCAGCCCGCAGCUGGAGCGGCUCAUCGACCUCAUGGCCAACAACGACUGCGAAGACGGCGGCUGCGGGGCGGCGGACGAGGGCUACGGGGGCCCCGAGGAGGAGGAGGAGGCCGAAGGCGGGCCCCGCACCGUGCGUACCUUCGCCCAGGCCAUGCGGUUGUGCGCUGCGCGCCUGACCGACCCCCGGGGUGCGCAGGCCCACUACCAGGCCGUGUGCCGCGCACUCUUCGUGGAGACACUGGAGCUGCGAGCCUUCCUUGCGAGGGUCCGGGAGGCCAAGGAGAUGCUGCAGAAGCUUCGGGAGGACGAGCCGCAGGCAGAGAAGCCGCUGGCAGAGCUUGACAACCUGGGGCGCACGGACUGGGCCCGACUGUGGGUCCAGCUCAUGCGGGAACUCCGCCAUGGGGUGAAGCUCAAGAAGGUGCAGGAGCAGGAGUUUAACCCCCUGCCCACCGAGUUCCAGCUCACGCCCUUUGAGAUGCUGAUGCAGGACAUCCGCGCCAGGAACUACAAGCUGCGCAAGGUCAUGGUCGAUGGGGACAUCCCUCCCAGGGUGAAGAAGGACGCCCACGAACUCAUCCUCGACUUCAUCCGCUCGCGGCCUCCCCUGAAGCAGGUCUCCGAGAGAAGGCUUCGCCCCCUACCUCAGAAGCAGAGGACCCUGCACGAGAAGAUCUUGGAGGAAAUCAAGCAGGAGCGGAGGCUGCGCCCAGUGGGGGGCGAGCGCUGGGGUGGCCGGGGGUUUGGCUCUCUGCCCUGCAUCCUCAAUGCCUGCUCUGGGGACAUCAAGUCCACUUCCUGCAUCAACCUGUCCGUCACGGAUGCUGGGAGCAGCGCUCAGCGCCCGCGACCCCGGGUCCUGCUCAAGGCGCCCACCUUGGCUGAGAUGGAGGAGAUGAACACGUCUGAGGAGGAAGAGUCUCCGUGUGGGGAGGUGACACUGAAGCGGGACCGCUCCUUCUCGGAGCACGACCUGGUCCAGCUCCGGAGCGAAGUGGCCUCUGGCCUGCAGCCAGCCACUCAGUCCCCAGGAGGGUUGGAGCCAUCCCGGCCCCGCGCAGGCAGCGUGCACGCCUGGAGGCCCAGCACCCAGGAGCAGGGUUCCUUCCCUGUGAGCGUCCAGUCCCAACCUGACUCCAGCCCCCUCCCACGCAGUGACCUGGGCUCAAGGGAGGAGGACAGGCCUGAGGAGGGCAGGCAGGAGGCCUCUGAGGCCCCAGACGCCCAUCACCUGUGGCUGAUCUCCCACAGGCUGCUCGAGUGUCCUCCGACAUGGCGGCUGGCAUCCCCCAGAGCACGUGGUCUGAGAAAGAGCAGGGCAGAAACCAGUAUCUUUAUGAGAGUUCAGCCACCCUGUGGAGAGCCUUGCCCUGACUGUGGAGGAGGUGAUGGAUGUGCGCCGUGUGCUGGUGAAGGCCGAGAUGGAGAAGUUCCUGCAGAACAAGGAGCUCUUCAGCAGCCUGAAGAAGGGGAAGAUUUGCUGCUGCUGCCGUACCAAGUUCUCACUGUUCUCCUGGCCACCCACCUGUCUUUUUUGCAAGAGAAAAUGUUUACUGACCCCGUGCUAAAGGCUUAAAGGAACAAUAUUAGGAAUGGUGUCUGUUGCCACCAGCCAUGGUGGAAAUGCAACGUGUGGGCCACUGAGUGGAAUACACAGAAAGUCUUGUCUCACUAGUGGGAAUAAGCACUCCUAGACUGAGCAUUGCUCCAGACCUAACCAAACACAAAAGCAAGACCCGAAAGGAGCAAACUCUUCCCAAGUACCUUAACUGCUUCCCAGAUCAAAGCUCAAGAAGAGGAAGGAAAACUGUCUGGCACCCAGCAAGAUGAGACACCUUGCAUCCAACCAAAGAUUAUCAGGCAUGUCAACAACCAGGAAAACAUGACCCAUGAGGAGAAAAAUCAAUCAAAAUCACCCAGAAUGGGUGCAGAUGUUAGAAUUAGCAGAUAAGGACAUUAAUAGUUUUGAACUGCAUUUCAUAUGUUCAAAAAGUUAGAGACAUGGAAGAUAUAAAGAAGACACAAAUCAAACCUCUAGACAUGAAAACUAGAAUGGUUGGGAUGAAAAUUGCACUGGAUGAGAUUAAUGGCAGAUUAGACAUUCAGAAGAAUGUGCAGAAGAAAAGACUAGUGACCUUGAAGAGAGCAAUAGAAACUAUCCAAAAUGAAAACAUUGAGAGAAAAAAGAAUUAGAAAAAUGAAAAAGGCAUCAAUGAGCUGUGGGAUGACAUUAAAAACCCUUAUAGAGGUGUAAUUAAAGUUCCCAAAGGGAAGUGGGGGACAGAAAAAGUAUCUGAAGGGAUAAUGACUAAAAAGUUUUUCCAAAUUUGAUAAAAAAUAUAAACCCACAAGAAACUCAAUGAACCCCAAGCACAAGAAACAUGAAUAAAAUCAAACCAAUGUGCAUAGUAAUCAAAUUGAUUAAAAGCAGUGAUAAAAAGAAAUUAUUAAAAUCAGCCAGCAAAUAAAGACAUGUUAUGUACAGAGGAAAGACAAAGAUGACUGCAGAUUUCUCGUUGAAACAAUGCAAGCAACAGCUUUAAAGAAGAAAAAAACUGUCAAUCUAGAAUUCUAUACCCAGCAAGAAUAUCUUUCAAAAACAAAGGCCAAAGUAAAGACAUUUCCAGAAAUACAAAAGCCAAAAGAAUUCUUCGCCAGCAAAGCCAUAGAAACAAAUGUUACAUGAGGUCCUUCACAUAGAAGGAAAAUGAUACUAGAUGGAAAUCUGAAUCUACUCAAAGGUAUGAAGGACACUAGAAGUAGCAACUACUAAGACAAAUAUAUAAGAUUAUUUUCUUAUAACUCUUUAAAAGGUAAACCAAUAUCUACCACCCAACAAGGUAAAAUUCAAUGUCUGGCAUCCAAUCAAAGAUUACCAGGCAUGCAAAAAAAAAAAAAAAAAACACAUUAGUAACAAUGUAUUGUGGGGUUUAUAACAUAUCUAUAAAUAAAAAGUAUUGUAACAGUAGCAUUAAGGCGGGGGGGGGGCAGGUAAAUUGGAAGUAUGCUAUUGUAAGUUUCUUAUACUCUACAUGAAGUGGUAACAUAUUUGAAGAUACACUGUGUUAAAUUAAAGACAUAUACUAUAAGCCCGAAAGCAACCAGUAAAAUAACAAAACAGAGCAAUAGCUUCUAAGUCAACAAAGAAGAUAAAAUGGAAUCAUAAAAAACACUUGAUUAAUACAGGAGGCAGAAAAAGGAAAAGGGAACAAAGAAAAUUUAGGACAAAACAAAUAGCAAGAUGAUAGACUUACACCCAACCAUAUCAGUAGUUGCAUUAACUCUAAAUGGCCUAAACAACCCAGUUAAAAGGCAGAGUUUCCCAGAUUGAUUAAAAGAAAGCAAAGCUCUCUGCUGCCUACAAGAUAUGCACUUUAAAUAAAAAGAUAGGAAUUGGUUAGAAGCAGAAGAAUGGAGAAAGAUGUACCAUGCCAAGACUAGUCUCAAGAAAGCUAGAGUUGAUAUAUUAAUAUCAUACUAAGUAGACUGCAGAGCAAAGAAUAUUUACCAGAGAUAAAGGAGUUCAUUUCAUAAUGAGAAAGGGAGGAAAUAAUAAUCCUGAACAUUUUCUACACCUAAAAACAGAUAUUCAAAAUACAUGGAGCAAAAAACCUGAUAGAACUGCAAGGAAAAACGGAUAAAUCCACGAUUAUAAUUAGAGAUUUCAGUACCCUCCUCUCAACAACUGAUAAAACUUGUAGACAGAAAAACACUAAGGAUAUAGAAGGUUUGAACAACACUAUCAACCAACUUGAUCUAACUGACAUUUACAGAACACGCUCCCCGACAACAGCAGAAUGUGCCUUCUUCUCAAGUGCACGGAGAACACUUACCAACAUAGACUAUAUCCUGGGUCAUAAAACAAGUCUCAAAAAUGUCAAAGGAUUCAAAUUAUACAAAGUGUGUUCCCUGACCACAACAAAAUAAAAUUAAAUUAACCCAGAGGUUUGUUGAUGGGGCAUCCACGCAAGAGAACAAGGUCCCUUGUUCUAAAAAGUGAAUUUGGACGAUUUGUACUAAUGUAGAGUCGUCCCUGAUGUAUCUUUAUAGAAUAGUCUGCAUAAUACCCCAUUUCAUUUAUUUUUAUUUCAAAUGUAUAUUUUUGUUAACGUAUGCUCAAACGUGGAGAACGGAAACUGCACUGCUGGCAGGGGUCAUCUCUGAGGAUGUGCCUUACAGGGGAGGACUCCUGUCUAAAUUACAGUUCUCUCUAAUGUUUCACUUUUUAAAACAAAGAAGGUAUUUCCUUUUGAAAUCAUGUAUGGGGAAUUAAAAAAAAUGUGACUCUCUGCUUCAACCUGAGCAUCUCAGCUGAGGCCCCUCUG